AUGAGAUGGAUUUUGUUUAUUUUAUUGCCUCUGGUCACGGGUGACAAAGAACGAGAGGUCGACGGUGCUGCUGCUCGGCUUCACAAGCACCACGGUAAAGAGGAUGAUCAUCAUUUGGAUCAUCAGGCUAUUCUAGGUUCUAAGAAGGUUGCGUCGGAAUUCGAUGAGCUGCCGAAAGAAGACGCAAAGAGACGUUUGGAAGUUUUAGCCAAGCGGAUGGAUGUAAACGAAGAUGGAUUUGUGGAUGAGACGGAGUUAACAGAUUGGGUGGAAAGGUCGAUGAAGUCGCUGGACAACGAGGAGGUCACUGAACGCCUUGGCGAGAUGGAUACAAACGGAGACAAACUGGUCUCUUGGGAUGAGUACAUGGGGGACUCGUUUCCUGACCAAGAUGUUAAGAAUCUUGAUGCUGAUGACAGAAAAUUGAUGGAGGAGGACAAGUUGUAUUUCAAAGCUGCUGAUGUGGAUGGAGACGGGAAGUUGAACAAGGACGAAUUAAGUGCCUUUCUGAAUCCAGAAAAUUAUAAACAUAUGCACAAAAUUUUAGUUGAGGUUACAAUGAAGGAGAAGGACACAAACAAGGACGGAGCGAUUGACUUGAAAGAAUUCCUAGGUGAAAUGGCUGAUAAUCAACACAGCGAUUGGCAUACUGUAGAGAAAGACAGGUUCUUGGCAGAGUAUGACUCCGAUGGUGACGGUGUGUUGCGCGGCGAUGAGGUGCGUCGUUGGUUGAUUCCAGACGUGAAGACGGUCGCAAAACAGGAAGCGACUCAUCUUCUCAGCGGUGCCGAUAAAGACAAGGCAGGUUUCUUCUUUGUAAAAGUGGAUGGUAAGCUGUCGAUGGCAGAGAUCGUUGACGCUUAUGAGCUGUUCGUUGGCUCGGAAGCAACCAACUAUGGUGAAGAACUGCACAAAAUUCCGCAUACAGAGCUCUGA